CUUAGUAUCAAGUUUAAGUUAUGUUUCACGAUAAGUCGCGUUAUUUAGUCGCAAUGAAAGCCACACUACACGUGCUACUACUACAAAUAACAUUUAUUACUUUUGCACAGAGUGCCAAAAUUCUUGGAAUUUUUCAUGGAUACUCCGGUAGCCAUCAACAUCUUGGGAACAAGAUUUUACUUGAACUGGCGGCGAGCCGCGAGAGGUCACCAAGUUACCGCAAUUGUGCAGAGAAAAUUUGCCCCAAAGACGGCUAAUGAAAAUUACCAACCCAUAAUGAUUGAAUAUGAUUCUUAUUUGAAGAGAUAAGUGCGUAACCACAAACGAUCCCUUAUUUCAUUGUUCCCUAUCGACUAAUUUGUAUAAAAGUGCAGAAAGGGGAUUAUUAGAUACAAUAUCUAGCACAGCUGGCACUGGACUAGUUUGGACAGAACUGUUCUUCAAUCAAACUAGUGUUCAAAAUUUGCUGAAGUCGAAUCAAGAAUUUGACAUGGUUAUCCUAGAGGAAUUCCUAAAUGAUGCAUUCAAAGGCUUUUGUAACUUUUAUACAGCACAUUGUGUUUCGGUGAGUGUCGUUGGGCCAUCGAGAUUUACAAAUUUACAAAUGGGCAAUCCACUUAAUCCCUCUUAUAUGCCUGAAAUACUUUCAAGAUAUUCGAGUGAAAUGAGCUUUUUCCAACGGCUUGUUAACACCUUUUCGAUUUUUUUCGGAGUUAUCAACUUCUACUGGUCGAUUUUGCCGAAGCACAAUGAAAUUUUGCAAAAAAACUUUCCAGGAUCGCCUCCCAUAACCGAAUUAUUUUACAGAACUUCAUUAAUGCUCCUAAAUUCGCACGUGAGUGUCUCCUCGCCAGUACCUCUUGUACCCAACAUGAUCGAGAUUGGAGGUUUCCAUCUUAAUACACCAAAGGAGCUACCGCGAGACUUGCAAAAUUACCUAGACGAAGCCGAGAACGGCGUCAUUUACUUCAGCAUGGGAGGCAAUUUGCGUGGCAACGAUAUGGAGGAAAGCAAACGGAAAGCUAUCAUAAAAGUAUUUUCCCAGCUAAAACAGAGAGUGUUGUUGAAAUGGGAUAAUGACACGCUUCCUCGACAACCUGAUAACGUUAAACUCGGCAAAUGGUUGCCUCAGCAAGAUAUUUUGGCGCAUCCUAAGAUUAAACUUUUUGUAACACACGGCGGCCUGUUGAGUGUAAUUGAAGCGAUUUAUCAUGGCGUACCAGUCGUGGGCAUUCCUGUUUUUGGAGAUCAAGAGAUGAAUAUGGCAGUUGCUGAAGCAGAUGGGUACGGAAAACUACUGCGAUUUAGUGAUUUAACCGAGGAAGCCUUUCGAGCAGCUCUCACUGAGGUUUUAAACAACGACAGGUACAGGGAGAAUGCAAUUCGGAGGUCGAGAAUAAUGCACGACCAACCGAUGAAGCCGUUGGAUAAGGCAAUGUAUUGGAUCGAGUAUGUUUUGCGACAUAAUGGAGCACCUCAUUUACGCACGUCCGCGUUAAACUUGCGCUGGUUCCAAGUGCUCUGCUUAGAUGUCGUCCUGUUCGCAGCGAUAACGAUGUUUGCAACCAUUUUUGCUAUCUAUAAGGCAAUAGUUAUUACAUGUCGAAGGCGACCUACAAAAUCGAAAUUAAAGAAUAAACCAAAAAAGAACAAUUAGUUGAGGAAUGAGAUAGAGAUCAGUUACAUAAUUGUACGUAUUUAGGCGUUUCUUAAACAUUUGUGUUGUACAAGACAAUUAUAGUGUUUUCACAAUUAAAGCGUUGCCAAUCA